GUAGUCUGACAUUUUACGGAUUUUGCUCUCUCUGAAGAGGAAACGUUUUAAAGGAAUACGAGAUGUAGAAGAAGAAAUCUUCUUGUGCGUCCCCAAGGAUGGAAUGCCCACCCGUCCCUCGUUGGAGACCAUGAUCCCUUCUAGUCUUGUGGAUGUUUCCAUGUCCUCCAGUGAGAGUUCUCCCACUUCAUUGUGUGCCAUGGGAAAAACCUGAAGGACAGGCAGCAUUGUUCCCAAACUUGUGGAUUUUUCUAAGGUUUCAGUGGCUCUUACAGAACAUGACAAUUGGAGAACACUUCCUUUUGUUGUCUUUCAGAGUUGAACCAAAGAAGGCACGUCCUCAUUGUCUAGGGCUCUGGUGCCUGCUCGUUUUUAUAUUUGUUUCCAUUGCUUGUGCCUUAAAACCAUCUCACGUAAUCAAAAGACAUCCUUGAAAGUUUCCCAGCACCACUUGCAUGCGUCUGGGCUCCGCGGGGGCUCUCCCAUGGCUCUGUGGGCCAGCAGUCCAAGGGCAUUACCAUGAGGCACUGCAUCAAUUGCUGCAUACAGCUGUCGCCCAACAGUGAGCACAAACAGCAGGUUGGCUGCGGAGGAGGCCCCCUUCACGGUCACCUGGAGUGCCCGGCGUGCAGAGGAGAGAACAAAAUUGUGCUUCGUGUGGAUGGUAAGCAGAUGAACUUGCUUGCCGUUCUCGAGGUGAGGGCUGAGGGAAACGAGAGCUGGGGCAGGUUUCUGCGCUUCAAGAAGGGGAAGCGAUGUAGCCUCGUGUUUGGAUUGAUGAUCAUGACCUUGGUGAUGGCCUCUUACAUCCUUUCUGGGGCCCACCAAGAGCUUCUCAUCUCCUCACCUUUCCAUUACGGAGCCUUCCCCAGCAAUCCCAGCUUGAUGGACGGUGAAAGCCUGAGUGACACGAAAGAGCAUCAUCACCAACCCUCUGUAAAUAAUAUUUCAUACAUGAAAGACUACCCAAGCAUUAAAUUAAUUAUCAACAGCAUCACGGCCAGGAUAGAGUUCACCACCAGGCAGCUCCCCGACCCAGAAGAUCUCAAGAAGCAAGAAUUACACAUGUUUUCAGUAAUCCCCAAUAAAUUUCUUCCAAAUAGCAAGAGCCCCUGUUGGUACGAGGAGUUCACGGGUAGGAACACCACCGACCCCUACCUGACCAACUCCUACGUGCUCUACUCCAAGCGCUUCCGCUCCACCUUCGACGCCCUGCGGAAGGCCUUCUGGGGCCACCUGUCCCACGCCAGCGGGAAGCACUUCCGCCUCCGCUGCCUGCCGCGCUUCUACAUCAUCGGGCAGCCCAAGUGCGGCACCACCGACCUCUACGACCGCCUCCGGUUGCACCCGGAAGUCAAGUUCUCUGCCAUCAAGGAGCCCCACUGGUGGACCCGGAAGCGCUUUGGAAUUGUCCGCCUGAGAGACGGGCUCCGGGACCGCUACCCCGUGGAAGAUUACCUGGACCUCUUCGACCUGGCAGCUCACCAGAUUCAUCAGGGCCUGCAGGCCAGCUCUGCGAAGGAACAGAGCAGGAUGACGAGCAUCAUCAUCGGGGAGGCCAGCGCCUCCACCAUGUGGGACAACAACGCCUGGACGUUCUUCUACGACAACAGCACGGACGGUGAGCCGCCCUUUCUGACCCAGGACUUUAUCCACGCUUUCCAGCCAGACGCGAAACUGAUCGUCAUGCUCAGGGACCCCGUGGAGAGGCUGUACUCGGACUACCUCUACUUCGCAAGUUCAAAUAAGUCCGCGGACGACUUCCACGAGAAAGUGACGGAAGCCCUGCAGCUGUUUGAGAACUGCAUGCUUGAGUUUUCCCUGCGCGCCUGCGUCUACAACAACACCCUCAACAACGCCAUGCCCGUGAGGCUCCAGGUCGGGCUGUAUGCCGUGUACCUUCUGGACUGGCUCACUGUGUUUAACAAAGAGCAGUUCCUCAUUCUUCGCCUCGAAGACCACGCAUCCAACGUCAAGUACACCAUGCACAGGGUCUUCCAGUUUCUCAACCUCGGACCCUUAGGUGAGAAACAAGAGACCCUGAUGACAAAGAGCCCUGCGUCCAACGCGCGGCGCCCCGAGGACCGGAACCUGGGGCCCAUGUGGCCGGUCACCCAGAGGAUCCUUCAGGACUUCUACGGGCCCUUCAACGCCAGGCUGGCCCAGGUGCUCGCCGACGAGGCGUUCGCCUGGAAGAAGACCUGAGGGUCGCGUCCCCUGCGGUUUCCACUGUCACCGUGAUUUAAAAACCUCUUGGGGGGGGGUCCCUUUACUCAGCAGCGUGCAGAGACCCCAAGAUUCUUCUCCUUCCCCUCCCAA